AUGGAGUUAGUGAGUAAUAAUACCAAAUGGGAAGCUAAAAAUAUUUCUGUUCUAUCAUCAACCCAAGAGGCUUGCAAAGCAGCAUGUUUGGACGAGUGUAAAUGUGAAGCUGCGCUUUUCAAAGAUGGCGAGUGCACAAUGCAAAGUCUUCCUUUCAGAUUUGUGACAUUACUGAAAGAUGACUCAAAUGUAGCCCUCAGUAAUGUGCCCAAAAAAGAACUUGAGAAAGUGACAGAAAAUUUCAAGGAAGAGCUUGGUAGAGGAGCAUUUGGAAUAGUUUAUAAAGGGGCAAUUGGGGAUGGCAAGAAGCUCAUAGCUGUGAGAAGACUAGAUAAAUUGUUAGCCGAACGGGAAAGAGAGUUUCAGACCGAGAUGAAAGUGAUUGGGAGAACACAUCACAAAAAUCUAGUCCAACUACUUGGGUAUUGCCAUGAUGGACCGAAUAGGCUGCUGGUAUACGAGUACAUGAGCAAUGGGUCGCUUGCAGAUAUAAUCUAUACCAAUAAUUGCAACAGGGACAGCAACCUGCCAAGUCUGACUUUUGGUUAA